AUGGGUCAAUCAGCUAGUAGAUGUUCUGAAGAUGAAUAUUUAAAUCCUACUUCUUUUCCAAAUGUCCCAUUUGCUCAACAUAGGGUUGGUGAUGUAUACUUGGUAACUUAUACUUCGAGUCCAAGUUCUUUGGAUCCAACCACCAACCUAGAUUAUCAUUAUACUAUUGUAAUAGAUGUGGCAGGUGAAUCUUCUAGUUUUCCAAGAGGAUUGGAAUUGUAUCUAGGUGUACAAGGAGAGUCAAGAGUUGUAAGACUUUGUCAAGAAAGACUAAAACAUCCAAGAAUAAAUUAUAGAUCACAUCAAGCAAUUGGAAAGAUACAAAAUAUUUAUCAUCAAGGUAAACCUCGUCAAUGGUCAGAUGGAAUUAGGGAUAUUGUUGGUAAUGAAUGGUUUCCAGAGUUUGUAAACAAAAGAGGAAAUAUAUUGAAUCAUCAAUGUAAUAGCCAUCAAUUUGCAAAAUAUUUGAUAAAAUAUUUUGAUUUAGAUUGGCCAAACUAUAUCUAUGUUGCAGGUGAUUGGGAUCAAAAUGAACCAUUAAUGGUUGAUCUUUAA